AGCCGUUUGUUAUCGAUAGUACCCGCAUCGAUAGGCCGUUCACCGGGCAAAAUUGUGUUGUGAUUCGGGAUAUAGAAGGAUAUAGCUAGCCGGAUCUAAAAUGGGCCUGCUGUCUGAUCCGUCGAUAUCAACGCAGAGCAAACUGGUGGACGGACUGGCGCGACAUGGACGCAAAGUGUGCUUCGCCCUGUAUGUGGCGGGCGUGGCUUGGUUCCUAUGUUUGGCGCUCCCAGAAUUCAAUCAUGGAACAUAUCUCUCUGAAAACGCCCUGUCCCCAGGUCUAGUUUACCCGGAAGUCCGCAUUGAUGCCAACCGGUUGGCCAUCCAGCUAUUGGAAGAGCUGCAGCGGGAGCGCAAGGAUCAUCUGUCCACCACGCCACACGCCUGGAUUGCGGCCAAGAUGAACGAGUUCGGCCUGGAGACACACACCCACAACUACACCCUGCGCUAUCCCUUUGGCGGUGGCAAGGAGUACCACGGCAAAAACAUUUACGGCAUUUUGAGGGCUCCCAGGAUCGCCUCCACGGAGGGCAUUGUUUUCUCUGCUCCUUAUCGCGCCGCCAGCUCCGUGCACGCAGACAUCUCAGCCAGCGUGCCGCUGCUACUGGCCUUCGCGGACUUUGCCCGGCGCAAGAACUACUGGGCCAAGGAUCUUAUCUUCCUGGUCACCGAGCAGGAACAGCUGGGAAUGCAGGCCUGGCUGGAAGCCUAUCACGAUGGCGAUAGGGAGUUGGACAUGAGCAAAGCUUAUCUGCGUCCCGGAAAUUUGCCCGCUCGCGCAGGCUCGCUGCAAGCUGCUCUAAAUAUUGAAGUCCAAGACCUGGAGGUUGACCAUGUGGAUGUCAGGAUAGAAGGCCUCAAUGGAAAGUUGCCCAAUCUGGAUAUGUUUAAUCUGGUUCAGAGGAUCAUGGCCCGCGAGGGCAUCGCCUCCGGCUACAAGCAGGCGCCGCGCAAGAAACGCCGGCAUAGUCAGUCCGCCUUUGAGAAGAAUCUGCGCCAGAUGUUGACCAUGCUGGCCAGCCAGUCGUCGGGCGUGCCCAAUGGAAACCAUGGCCUGUUUCAUCGCUACCGAAUAGAUGCCCUGACCAUAGCUGCCAACCGCAGGGCCACUCAUGCCACACUGAAGGGAAGUCCGGGCUCGGCAGCGGUUCCGCUGCUAAAAGCCAUCGAGGGAAUAGCCAGGAGUCUGAACAACUUGCUGGAGCGCUUCCACCAGAGCUUCUUCUUCUACGUGAUUGUGAACAAUGACCGGUACAUCUCCAUCGGGGACUACAUGCCCGCCUUGGUGGCCCUGGUGGCCUGUGCCUUUGUGAAGGCUUACCUGACCUACUCCACGCUGCCGGUCUCCAAUCUCGAGCUGAUCAGAGAGCAGGAGCAACAACAGCAGCAGCGGGAGCAGGAAGCGGAACUGGAGACGGAGACGGACUCCGAUCCGGAUAAGUUCGAGCUGCCUUAUGGCUCGGUGCUGAUCUACCUCACCGCCACCCUGCUCAUUGGCUUCCUGUGCAACGUGCUGCCCCUGCAGCAGUACUUCCUCGAGAUCCCCAUGGGCGCCGCACCGCUGACCACCUCGGUGCUGAGUUUCCUGUCCCUGAUUGGCUUCAUUCUGCCCUUCGUGGUGGUCCUGCCGCCUGGGGGACUGGAGCUGCUGCACGUGGCCUUUCUGCUCAUCUAUGGCUGCGCUUUGAUCGUCAUUGGGCUACUCAACUUCGCCCUGGGAUUCUUGGCGGCCGUGCUGACGGUGCCGCUGGUCAUCUCGCUGGAGACCAAGGAGGAGAACGCGCACAGCACGCCGAGGAACACGAUUCGGCUGGCCACUUUGGCCAUGAACCCCAUGAUGGUCAUCUACGUGAUCGUGCUAGCCAUGACCUUCUACCAGUUCCCGGAGCUACCGCUGCAGAAGGUCAUGCUCAGGGCGGCCACCGCGGCCAUGGAUGCCGCGGCCUACGGGCUCAUCGAUUCUGUGAUUUAUGGUAACUGGCUGUACUUCGUCAUCUGUACGAUCUUCCUGCCGCUGUGGAUCGUCUGCUGGACUCUGGCCCUGUCCAAGCGAAGGGACUACUCCGAUUAUGUGGACUUCGAUGAGUCGCCAGCCGCGUCGCCGCAGCCGAAGGUGAAAACCAAUUGAGAUGGACUUCCCCCCGGUCCGGUGAAAUGUUAUUCAGUGCUUGGUUCCAUGUCAACAUGCAAACAGAUCGGAAUCAACUGGAAGCUAUCUUAAGAUCGAGUGUGAUAAACCCAACAAAUGUGUAUUGUAUGUCGGCGCUAGGAAAUUGAUGCUCGUAUGUUGCUGAUGCAGAGAAAAUUCCAUUUAAAUGUUAUGCAUUUGAUUAAAUAUCUAAAUAAAAGAAGCCUACUCUUACUUGCAAAUUCAA